CGCGGCGGCCGCGGCGAGAAAGUAAGGUGAAAAAGUCCAAGUGCAAGCGGCGGGCGCAAUGGGGGCCGGCUCCUCAAGCUACCGGCCCAAGGCCAUCUACCUGGACAUCGAUGGACGCAUCCAGAAGGUGGUUUUCAGCAAGUACUGCAACUCCAGUGACAUCAUGGACCUGUUCUGUAUCGCCACCGGCCUGCCUCGGAACACCACCAUCUCCCUUUUGACCACAGACGACGCCAUGGUCUCCAUCGAUCCCACCAUGCCUGCCAAUUCAGAGCGAACUCCCUACAAGGUGAGACCUGUGGCUGUCAAGCAAGUAUCUGAAAGAGAAGAACUCAUCCAGGGCGUGCUGGCCCAGGUGGCAGAACAAUUCUCCAGAGCGUUUAAGAUCAACGAGCUGAAAGCGGAAGUUGCAAAUCACCUGGCCAUGCUGGAGAAACGGGUGGAAUUGGAAGGACUGAAAGUGGUGGAGAUCGAAAAAUGCAAGAGUGACAUUAAGAAGAUGCGGGAGGAGUUGGCAGCUAGAAACAGCAGGACCAACUGUCCAUGUAAAUACAGUUUUUUGGAUAACAAGAAGUUGACACCUCGUCGGGAUGUCCCCACUUACCCCAAGUACCUGCUCACUCCAGAGACCAUUGAAGCCCUACGGAAGCCCACCUUCGAUGUCUGGCUCUGGGAACCCAAUGAGAUGCUGAGCUGUUUAGAGCAUAUGUACCAUGACCUCGGUCUGGUCAGGGACUUCAGCAUCAACCCAAUCACACUCCGCAGGUGGCUGCUCUGUGUCCAUGACAACUACAGGAACAACCCCUUCCACAACUUCCGGCACUGCUUCUGUGUGACACAGAUGAUGUACAGCAUGGUCUGGCUCUGUAGCCUCCAGGAGAAGUUUUCCCAGAUGGACAUCUUGGUCCUGAUGACCGCAGCCAUCUGCCAUGACCUGGACCACCCAGGGUACAACAACACAUACCAGAUCAACGCCCGCACAGAGCUCGCUGUGCGCUAUAAUGACAUCUCACCGCUGGAGAACCACCACUGCGCCGUUGCCUUCCAGAUCCUGGCGAGACCCGAGUGUAACAUCUUUGCCAGCGUGCCGCCCGAGGGCUUCAGGCAGAUCAGGCAGGGGAUGAUCACGCUGAUCUUGGCCACCGACAUGGCAAGGCACAAUGAAAUUAUGGAUUCUUUCAAGGAGAAAAUGGAGAAUUUUGAUUACAGCAACGAGGAGCACCUGACCCUGCUGAAGAUGAUUCUCAUAAAAUGCUGUGAUAUCUCCAAUGAGGUCCGUCCCAUGGAGGUGGCAGAACCGUGGGUGGACUGUUUACUGGAAGAAUAUUUUAUGCAGAGUGACCGUGAGAAGUCUGAAGGCCUUCCUGUGGCCCCAUUCAUGGACCGAGACAAAGUGACCAAAGCAACAGCCCAAAUUGGGUUCAUCAAGUUUGUCCUGAUCCCAAUGUUUGAAACAGUGACCAAGCUUUUCCCUGUUGCCGAGGAGACCAUGCUGCGGCCACUCUGGGAGUCCCGAGAACACUAUGAGGAACUGAAGCAGCUGGAUGAUGCCAUGAAGGAGUUGCAGAAGAAGACAGAAAGCUUAACAUCUGGGGCCACCGAAAACGCCACAGAGAAGAACAGAGAUGGGAAAGACAGUGAAGGCCAUUCUCCUCCAAACUGAUGGAUAUCUCAGUAUGUGCACGGACUGUACCAGACCAGUUAGAAAAGAUGAACUGUGUCCCCUGAGUGGACAGAGCCAAGCGGGGCUUCCCAGGAUCUUCUCCACACAAGGACGGUCACGCCCAGACGACCCCAUGAUGGCCUGCCACAGAUCAUGUUUUCUAAGAACCAUUUUGUUCACUGAUAUGAAAACAGGAAUUCACGAUGCUGUACAGAAUUUUUAUUUUUAAACUGUCUUUUAAAUAAUAUAUUCUUAUACAGAAACGGGUCUGUAUUUUUUUUUUCCCUUUGGGUUUUAGACUUGGGCUUCCAAGGACUCUGGUUUUCCCUUGGCUGUAUCUUCAUGUGUUUGGCCCAUGGGAUGUGAUGUAAAUUCCACAUUAAACAUGAGAACGGUGCCCGAGUA